AUGAAACAUUGGAUAACACGAUUUGGUGUACCUUCUUGUGUUAUUACUGACAGAGGAACUCCAUUCAUUUCAGAACUGUUUCGAAAUUUGGCUUCGCUAUGUAGAGUAAAAGUAACCCAUACAACUUCUUACCAUCCUCAGAGUAAUGGGAAAAUUGAGCGUCUACACUGUACUUUAAAAACAGCUAUUAGAUGUCAUAAUUCUCUUCAUUGGACAGAAACAUUACCAACAGUUCUGAUAGGUUUGCGAGCUGCUCUACAUGAGGAAUGUAAGUAUACAAUAGCUGAAAUGGUUUAUGGCAAAACUAUUAAAUUACCUGGCGAAUUCAUUGAAGAAUCAAACAUGCCAAUAUCUAAUGAUAAUUUUGUAAGCAAUCUUCGAAAUCAGAUGGCCCUCUUAAAGCCCUAUCAAUCCAAAUUCAAAUGUAAACAAAAGAUUUGUACACAUGCUCGCAUGUGUUCCUGCGGGUUGACAGAGUUAAAACCAGCUUAUGUGUUACGACCUAAUGAACUUUUGUCUCCAACUUCAAAAAGUGAUCAUAUAUCUGUGCCAAGAACGCAAACAUCUGUGCCAAGUCAGCAAAUAGAACAACCUAAAAAAUCAACUCGCUGUGGAAGACAAGUAAAAUUUCCAGUUCGUUUCAAUGACGUUAUUGACUCUUCUUGA